GAACUCCAAAUCAUCCUCUUCAAUUCAAGCAGAGAGUGUAUCAUCCCUCUUUCUCUCUCUCAAGUACUCACUUUCUCUUCACUCCUCGUGUGGGCUUUGCUUUUGUUAAUGAAUUUUGCUUCUGGUUCUCGAAUUCCUCUUGUUUUACUUGGUUUAUGCUUGUAGAUCUGUUUUUGAUUUCGGGUUUUUCAUUUUGUAUGCUAGGGUUAUGGUUAUGUUCUUUUUAAUCUUUCUUGUAGUUCAUAUAAAUUAAAUCUUAACUUGUGUCUAAUUUGUUGGGUUUAGUGCAACGAGAGUUUUGUAAUUUAAGGUUGCAGAUCGGAAUUCUGCUGGGUCAUAUCUCGUCACGUGUCACCUCCUCCAUUCUUCACCUUCUUGACCUGAAAGCCAUUUGCACAGAUCUCCACCUCCGUCCCCCUUCGGCCCCACCUUCUCUUUUUCAGUGGUGGUUUCGGCGGAGGACAGAAAGAGAAGAUGAACAGCCCAGCUCGAGAAGACGACAAGCCGGGGGAGGUUUUCCUCGACAAAUCCAAUAUCAUGCACGAAGUCACUGUCGACGAAGAAGAUCGUCCUGAUGUUGAGGAUGAAGAACACUCCGACUCUGAAAAUAUGGGUGCCAACGAUCUUCCUGAUGUUGACCAUGAAGAACACUCCGACUCUGAAAAUAUGGGUGCCGACGUAAUGGCAGGUGGAAUAGAUGAAGCUCUUCACGAUAGAAUAAAUCGAAAUAUCCGUGAUCAUGUUAUAGUAGAUUUUUCAGACACUAGUAUUUUCAAAGUGCCUAACCAUUUACGCAAGAUAAAUGCAAAGGCCUAUGAACCUCUAGUGAUCUCCAUUGGCCCUUACCACCAUGGUAAAGAGCACCUUCAGGCAAUGCAGCUGCAGAAAAUGAAUUAUCUAAAGUUGGCUCUUCAUUACACACCAGAAAAUAGUCUGGAGAAAUAUGUGACGGCCUUGAAAGAAAUGGAAAAACAAAUUCGCGGAUUUUAUUCAGAAAAUCUGGAUCGUAUUGGUGGAGAAGACCUGGUAGAAAUGAUGCUUCUUGAUGGAUUCUUUAUCAUUGGGCUUAUUUCCCGCGGUAGACAUGGGCUUACAGAUUUUUAUUGGAGAAAUGUAAUGCGCGAUCUGCUGUUAGUUGAAAAUCAACUUCCUUUCUCUGUACUCCUCAAGUUAUAUUCCAUGCAUGUGGUUCAGGACGGUCGGUUAGAAAGGGAUCCAAGCGACAUGAUUGUCCAAAAUGUAAUUACUUACUUCGAUAGAAUGGUGCCAGGACUUCCAAUUAUACCCAUUUAUGCCCGGUUAUGUCAUCAAGGAAUUUUUGACUCAGAGGACGGACUUCCAAUUAUACGACGUGCUGGAUAUCUAGAAGCCACGCAUAUGCUGGCGUUGCUCCAUGAUAAUGUAACUCGUACACGUCAACGGUUACCUAGUUCGGCAACGGCAAGUUUUCCACGGGCAAGUAGCCCGCAAUUUCCACGUUGGCUGUCCUGUUUAGCAAGUGCAAGUAGCCCGCAAUUUCCACGCUGGCUGCCCUGUUUAGCACCGCCAAGGAAGCCGCCCUCGAGGCGGCUAAUACCAUGUUCAGCAUCGCUAGAUCCAGUAAUGCCUGAAGAGCGAAAAUGGCGUUUCAUUCGUUCUGCAACUGAGCUCAAUGAGGCCGGGAUCAAGUUCCAGAAAAAAGAGGGGAAAUUGUUUGAUAUAGAGUUUCAAAAGGAGGUGAUGUCGAUUCCAACCUUAAUGAUCGAUGAUUAUACAGAAUCCAUCUUUCGUAAUUUCGUUGCUUAUGAACAGUUGCACGGGCUUUAUUCCGCAAAACCCUUCACGGAUUAUAUUACAUUCAUGGAUUGCCUCAUCAACACAGGAAAGGACGUCGAAUUACUUUGUCGCUGUGGAGUUCUUGAUAAUUGGUUGGGUGAUCAUGAAGUCGUUGCCACCAUGUUUAACAGACUCCGCGACUCUGUUUUGGUCUCAGAAGGAGACUUCUUCUACUCCAACAUAUUCACGAGAGUGAACGAACAUUGCAACAGAAAGUGGAACUUGUGGAAGGCGAACUUAUGGCACAAUUACUUUAACACUCCAUGGGCAUUGAUUUCCUUUAUUGCUGCGGUCUUUUUGCUUCUAUUUGCAAUGUUGCAAACUUUGUUCUCAAUUCUCUCUUAUCGUCAUUAACCCGGUUGACCAUUUGCAAUAGAAUGUUAUGUCUUAU